UAAACGUGGAGCCAAUCAGAGCCCUAGAACAUUCUCAGGGUUACACGGGUGUGUAAUGUAUCAUAUAAUACCCCUAAUUACUAAACAGCCCCCUUCCUACAGGUUUGGGUCACUCACUGCCCGAGACAAUAGUGUCAGAACCAUUCCUGCGGGAAUUCCACCAUCCUUUCCGAUUUCCCAAGGCAAAGGUACCGCUAAUAAACCUGAUCAGCUGAUACCACUAGGCCCCGCCCACUCACCUGUGUAUUUCAGAGCAGGUACCCACACGCCAGCAGUGCACUCCAGAACUGCCCCGGGAUCCACAGCAAGAUGAUCGGGGGGCUGUGGUUGGUCACCCUCCUAGUGGGGGCUGUAAAAGGCGGGGAGGUUUGUUAUAACCGGAUCGGCUGCUUCCCAGACAGUGUUCCCUGGGCAGGAACUGUGGAGAGACCCAUAAACCAUUUACCCCAAUCUCCCGAGAAGAUCAACACUCGCUUCCUCCUAUUCACUCAGCAGAAUCCCAAUAGCUACCAGGAAAUUUCCGCUAUAAACCCCUCCACAAUCUCUGCAUCAAACUUCAGAAGCACCCGUAAAACUCGCUUUAUUAUUCACGGCUUCAUUGACAAAGGGGAGGAGAGUUGGCUGACGGACAUGUGCAAGACAAUGUUGCAAGUGGAAGACGUGAACUGUUUGUGUGUGGAUUGGAUGGGGGGAUCCCGAACUCUCUAUACCCAGGCGGCCAACAAUAUCCGCGUUGUGGGCGCAGAAGUGGCUUAUUUCAUUGACACCCUAACGAGCAUGUACGGACACUCUCCAGCUAUGGUGCAUGUCAUUGGCCACAGCCUUGGAGCCCAAGCUGCCGGAGAGGCUGGAAAGAGGAGGAAAGGGAUUGGCAGGAUCACAGGUCUUGAUCCGGCUGAGCCCUACUUCCAGGGGACCCCAAUUGAAGUGAGACUGGAUCCGUCCGACGCUAAGUUUGUAGAUGUUAUACAUACAGAUGCAGCCCCAAUGCUCCCAAACCUAGGACUGGGAAUGAGCCAAUUAGUUGGCCAUCUUGACUUCUUCCCCAAUGGAGGAGAAGAGAUGCCGGGAUGUAAGAAGAACGCCCUCUCUCAGAUUAUAGAUAUCGACGGGAUAUGGCAAGGAACUCGCGACUUUGUGGCCUGCAACCAUCUCCGGAGCUACAAGUACUACACCAACAGCAUUCUCAAGCGCGACGGCUUCGUCGGAUUCCCCACCGCCACCUACGACACCUUUAAAUCGGGGGCGGUGUUCCCAUGCCCCAGCGGGGGGUGCCCAUUGAUGGGUCACUAUGCCGAUACCUACACUGGACAAAUAAUCAACAGCCAAAAGUAUUUCUUGAACACUGGGGAUGAAAAGGAAUUUGCACGUUGGAGGUACAAGGUGACAGUUCAGAUCACCAGCUCCAGGGACGUACAGGGAUAUUUCAAUGUGGCUCUGUAUGGGGGAAAUGGGAACACCCGCCAGUAUGAGGUAUACAAGGGGACCCUAAAGUCCGGCAGCUCCCACUCAGCGUUCAUUGAUGUGGAGUCGGAUGUGGGAACCUUGGAUAAGGUGAAGUUUGUCUGGAACAAUAACCUGAUCAACCCCCUCCUGCCAACAGUGGGAGCUCAGUCUGUAACUGUGCAAUAUGGGAAAGAUGGCAGAACGUACAGAUUCUGCGGCAGCGGCUCAGUGAGGGAAGAAGUCCUUCAGACCCUGAAUGCUUGUUAAAGGGGCGGUACAAUCCUCUUUCUGAUGCUUUUAAAACGAUCAAAUAAAAAUAUAAAAUAUUU